ACAAACCAAGUGACAGCAAUAGACCGCCAACAUCCUUUCCUUCCUGUUUACCUCAGCCUUAUCCGUUCUAUUGACGUCGCUCUACAACCUCAAUGGCGCCGACGCAACAACAGUGCUUCGUCGAAGAUGUCAUCGAGCCCAUCAGAAUCUGCAGCGUAACGCGCUCUCCAGCAGAGGAUGACGAUGAUGGUGGGAACGAGGGGGCUACCAAAUUCAAGCAGCAGCAGCAGCAGCAUGCCAUCACCACCCUUGACGAGUUGAGCAAUUACCUAGAAGAAAUACAGAGCCAGAGCGUAGAGCACGUCCACCAUUUCAUCUCAAUCUGCCAGCGCAACUCAUGGAGGCCUCUACAAAUCACAGUCCCCAUGUUCGAGCUCAUCAUGGAAAAUUUCCACUUAAAUAACUCGUUACGGGAUAUCGUCUCGUGCUUUUAUACCCGGAACAUGAAUGUGGAAGAGGUGUUUUGUAUGCCGUAUACCGAGCGACGAAAGGGAUCUGUGGUCGCAGCAGCAUCGUACACGAUUCGAUACCCCGAAUACAAACCCGAUGAGGAUACGUGGGUAAUUCGUCAGACGGGUGUAUACCACCGCUGCGACGCGGCGUCUCAUCAAAGUCUCUUCAUCAUGAUCAACCCAACGCCGAAUUCGCAAGCCAGCAGCCGAGCCUUGGAAUGGCUUUUCAACAGAAGCAGUAGCAGCAGUGUCGCAGCAGGUUCUGAGACCGAAACCGACGAUCCUGUCUGGCUGCAUAAACUCAUCUUCGAGACAUAUCUGCCCGCGUGGAGGUUCUACAUUGCAUCAAUGGAGCGGCAGUUUCUACCGUUGUCGUACAAAACACUCAUCAACUUCAUCGACAAACCUUCCACGAUGAAACCAAGUCACUUGACGAAACUAGCCAGCCUCGCGAACCGGUUCCAGACAAUCUCAUCGAUCCUAGAAUCGUCCGAGGAGACGGUAGCGGAGCUGUCUGCCCUAUGCACCAACCGCUUGCCAAAGGGUUCGAUGAAGAACGCAUACGACAACGACAACGACGACCACGUACUACAAGAAUCAGCAUCAGAGUUCGAAAACUUUCGCCGUCAGUGUAGAGCCUUCUCGCGGACAGCGACGGACCUGCACCACCGCGCGCAAACAACGUCGCAACUGCUGGCCAACACGCUCUCCUUUCGCGAGCAGCUCGAUUCCAGGAAGCAGAAUGAGAAUAUGCUAAGGUUGAAUAAGUCGGUGGUGUUUAUUACUACGCUGACGUUGCUCUAUUUGCCGCCUUCGUUUAUCGCUACGUUCUUUGGGAUGAACUUUUUCAAUAUGGACUCUGUGACUGGCAAGAUUGUCGGCAGUCCGAUGAUUUGGAUAUACGCGCUCUGCUCUGUACUACUCACAACGGCGACGUUUGCGACGUAUUACAUGAUGCGUGAGGGAAGCUACCUGAACAUCAAGGCAUCAGAUAUGAGAGGCCUGAACUGGCGCAAGUUGUUACAUCGCAAUCAACGCGACAAAAAGGACAUCGAGCUGGAUAGCCUGAAAGUUUGAUCAGGCGGAUGAGGAUGCAGGGUGUCUGCUAGGGAGAUUGAUCUUGAAGACGGCGUGCCGGUGGGACCCCACGAGGGCAGUGACGAGGAUGUGUCUGCUGCCGUCAUCGCCGACUAUGGUGCCGGUGAACUCGUCGUUCUCAGAUAGACUGGGUAGCUGAGCCAAUUCGCGAACAGUCAUCGGAUCUCUCGUCUCGGGU